CGAUUUGAAACGAGCACGUUGGAUCUACCAACAGAUUUAGAUGCGCCACUCGCUCGGAGAUUUCUCAGCCGGGGUAGGCCAGGGGGAGUUGGAGACUUGGAGCGGCGUUUGGAAUCCCCUUGAUAUUGGAGUCAUCAAUCAUGCUAACGCCGUUCUAGAAUCAAUCUGGCAUGCUAAACGGCACUUAGCCACGCGACUGACUCGGGAAUCGCAGCCGAAUUAAGACAUGCAGGGGGCGUAAGCGAGCAUGCAAUACGGAGCAGUAACUAAGUUGAUCAUAAAUUCCUUCAACUUUUCAAAAGGUUACAUACCACAGUAGAACCCAAGCCCUACUAGGAAA